AUGACUGAUGAAAUAGCACCACUAAACGAAAAUAGGAAUCAUUUAAAUUAUGAUGAAAGAACAAAUACUUCGAAGAAGGAAACGGGGGCGAAUGCAAAAACAGAAAAAGGGUUUCCAGUGGAAGAGACGCAACCUAAUGACCAUGACCAAGAAGGAGAAAAUGAAUCCACAAUGGUUUUUGAUGAACACGGAAAUGAGGUAAAUCAUUCGGAGGAAGCUGGUGAAGAGAUGUAUGAUGUGGAUUUCAACGAUUAUGCUGAAGACGAAGAGCCUGAAGAGAGUGGUAAUAACGAAGAAUCUGACGGAUCUGAAGAUGACGAUGACGAUGAUGCUGAUGAUGAAUUUGACGAUUCUGAAUUGAUUUUGCCUGAUAUUGGUAUUAGUAGGGAGAAUACGCUUGCAUCUCGACUCAACGGUGAAAGUGGAAUAUUUGAUAAUCCACGUCAGCCAUCCAUGGCGUAUCAACGUCCCUCAUUACAAUCGCUAAGCCAAGAGAUCUUGGAUGGAGAAGAAGCUAAAAACGAUGCUGAAUUUACUUCAAGUUCAUCUGCAGAAUUUGUCAACGGAGCACCUAGCCAUUCUGCGGAAUCUACUAGGACGUCAACGAUGAAUUCCGAUUUAACCAUUGAUAACCAUGACGAGUUCGUAUCAAAGGCCAAAGAUGAGGAAAGUAUAAUAUCCUACGAAACAGAUGAUGCAUUUUCUUUUAUGGCGAAUGAUGACAAAGAAUAUGAAAUUGGAUAUCAACCACGCGGAGAAGACAGUGGUUAUAGUACCGAACAAAAUAAGUUCCAAAGGGCUGAAGACGAUGAUCUAACAGAUACAGAAUCAGUCCGUACAGAAAAUGGUGGUGGCAAAGAGGAGGAUUAUCAGCCACCUAUUAUUCCGCCUGUACCACAUGCUCCAGCUGUGAGAGAUUCCGUUGUUAUUGCUACUCGAUUGGAAUCUGAUGUCAAUGCAAUGAGAAGUGCGUUUGUAAAAGAGAACGGUGAUAACGAUUACGAUAACGAUGAGAGCAGCGAUGGCGAAAGUGAUAAAGGAGGAAAUGGUGGUAAAAAGGGUCAAACAAAAGGUCUCUUAACCAGAGAGGUUGAAGGUAAGGAUGCUCCUAGUAAGGAUUUUGAUACAAAUAAGUCACUAGAUAGUGAUUGUGACAAGAAUAUCGAUACUGCCACUGAUCGAACAAGUACGAGUACAAGCACAUUAUCAAAUAGCAGUGAUUUGCGUAAUAAAAAAUCGAUACAAGUCAAUGUUACCACAUUCAGUAGCAUUCCCAAUACAGAUUUAAUGAGUAUACUUUCAAAAAUUUCGACAUCAGAUGAGAAGAUAUCAAAGCUCAAGGAGAUACGGAAAGAACUGACAAACAUUGAAACCGGACUAACCGAUUGGAUAUCUUAUAAUAUGGGUGACAGUGUGAAAAUAAGUAAAGAAGAUGAAAGAUUAGGACCACACGUUAAGGAAGCAAUCAAGUUGCUAGACGAUGGAACGCUAUCCGGUAGUAGUCGAAACUUUGCCAUCAGUGAUACUGUCGAGACUGUUGCGUAUGGGUUAAAGGUGAGUAAGUUGAAGGAAGCCGUCAAGGAUGUCAAGGUGAGCAAAAUUGGGCAGCGUGGUAAGACGCUCUUGAGGAAGUUCAAGAAGGCGCCAUCAUAG